AUGUCAGCUUCAGUGGCUUCAGCAACAGUAGCAACACCGACAACAGCAGCUACAACAUUUAUAAAGUGCGUCACUGUUGGCGAUGGAGCUGUAGGCAAAACUUGUCUUCUUAUCUCUUACACCAGCAACACUUUUCCCACUGAUUAUGUUCCGACAGUGUUUGACAAUUUCAGUGCAAAUGUUUUAGUCGGUGGCAAAACUGUCAAUCUGGGUCUCUGGGACACUGCUGGUCAAGAAGAUUACAAUAGGCUUAGACCACUGAGUUACAGAGGAGCAGAUGUUUUCAUUCUCACCUUCUCUCUUAUUAGCAGGCCUAGCUUUGAGAACGUUUCUAAAAAGUGGGUCCCUGAGCUGCGACAUUAUGCCCCGAACGUGCCUAUUGUUCUCGUUGGAACUAAACUAGAUCUAAGAGAAGACAAGCAGUUUCCAAUGAAUUUUCCAGGUGCUUGCACAAUCUCCACCGAACAAGGUCAAGAACUAAGAAAAGAGAUAGGAGCAUUAACAUACAUAGAGUGCAGCUCAAAAACACAACAGAAUGUUAAGGCGGUGUUUGAUGCAGCGAUAAAAGUAGUUUUACAGCCUCCUUUAAAGAGCAAGAAACAAAAGAGAAAUUUUGGUUUCUGCCAUGCUCUUUGA